AUGAUGGGUGCCCUCCAUGGGAAUGUAUAUACGGUUGAUAUCCCACCGCUCUCUGCGUUCAAGCUGUCCCAAACGCCAUCGUUAACCAACCCUCCAGGCCAUCCUACUGAUACCGAUCAAAGAAACAGAGAGCACCGCAGCGGCUAUUAUACCUUCUUCCAUCUGGAUCUAGCCAGUCAGCCAGUUCCUUUCAACUCUCAUCGCCGGCUCUGGCAAGCUCGAGAAGCAAGAGAACAAGGAAAUCCAGACAGGAAGAAGAGUAAAAACACUGAGAUCUGGGGCCAAAAGUCCAGAUCUACUCAUAACUGGGCCGAAGGUGUCAGCCGGGCCACACGCUGCGUCCAUACCUAA